CGGGCAUUGAUGUAUCUUAGAUGUGGAUAUUGGAAGCGCGACGAAAAAAAAUUUCUCCAGUCCUAGCCGCAUGGCUGGCUCAGAGCCAUCAGCCAAUGGGUAUACCUUGCGACGCGGCAAGGCAUGUUUGACUGGUUCCCGACGAGAUGAGUCUCCUGGAGCGAGUUUGAUGCCAUAGGGCAAAGUGCCUCUGUUUUGCCAUGCUAAUUUGCUAAAUCUGAGGUGGGCAAAGGGACAAGAUCGACCCGAAGGGGAAUGACAGCUGAAUUAAACCUGGCUUGAAAGUUGUUUAGAUUCUCCUUUGACUUACUUGCCAACUCCUGGAGCAAUAAUCUGCGCCUUUGCAGUUCAGUCAUUUCAUCCGUCAUCCGUCAUCUGUCAUCCGUCAUCUGUCAUCCUUGACGUUCCAUAAAGACCCCUGCGGCAUUUGGCGAUGAUAUUUCCAUAUUAUCCCGCAGGAUUUUUGAAGUCCAUGUACACGGAUGUAUAUUCUUUGAACAAUAACCUGCACUAUACCAAUGACAAUUGUCAGCUAUCCUUCAAAUAAUUAUUUUAUGCAUCCCCAUUCUCCCGUUGAGCGGUGAGUUUUGCGCGGCGAUGUCCAUUCUCGUGCUGGCAGCCUUCUCGCAAGAUGACAAGAGUGAUUUUAACCGUGGCGUGAAAACCACAUUACACACAGCUGGUUUGGUCCAAGCAAGCCUAUAUUUCCACCACCAAUAUCUAAUAUCUCUUGUUAAAUAAUAAAACCCAUCUCUAUCUUCCCAUAAAAUGGUUCAUUUUCACACUGCCAUCCAUCUAUACCCUCUCUGAUACAGCUUUCAACUUCAGUUGCGAUUGUUAACCAGCUCUCAGACCUGUGGGUAUACCAGCAGGUAAUAGCGGGCCUUGCUGUUGCCCAAGGGAUAUUUUCUGGUAAUUUUAGUCUGUGUCUGUCUACCGUCAUUUGUCUCUCAUUCAAGGUACGCAGUAUCCCACCUCAAGUAGAGCACAAUGAUGUUCAUUGUUCCUAUAGGGGGAGAAAGCAGAUUGCCGGGAAGGGGAACCUCAGUCCUUUCUGUGGAAGAGAGGCAUAUCUCGGCUAGAUGCACAAGACUGCCAUCCUGGUAAAAUGUGCCUUUUGAGGAAUAAAUGUUAUGCUGUGAGGGCCUUUUGAUUGAUGCCAAUAGAUGAUUGCAUGUUUUUUAAAAAGGGAAAUAAAUCCCCUGAGCUGAGCUUGAAGGAGGGCUUCUAUCACUCACCUACUACCUCUUUAGGACAAAAGCACUCAAGAACACCACAGCACACUCUUCCACUUGCAUAUUCACUCAAUUGUUGUGAGGUGCUACAGGUGAAUUAGCUUAAGCCUCAAAAUUUGCUGCUUUCCCUUCCUUUCUCCUUGGUCUUCAUCCACCUUUCCAAACUUCCAUCCACAUCAAUCAAACCUAUCACAGCCAAGCUCAAGAAUCAUGGCUCCAAAAGGGGGCUUCGACUACGUUACCUACAACCGGCGACUCGCGUCUGUCAAGGUUCCUGACAAAAUAAAAUGCAAGGUGUGCAAGAAAAUCCGCGGGCAGUCAGCCUUUUCCAAACGUCAGCUCGAAGAGCUUUGCAAGGGGAUGCUCAAGACUGGCUGCAAUGGCAUCACUGGGCAAAACUAUGCUGGCUGUAUGACUUGCAUAUCUGGCCAAGUAUUCGAACUCACCUGCAGCUUCUGUGGCAAGACCAUGGCUUUGGAGUACUUUAGCAAGAAUCAACGCCAUGAUCCGGAUAAUGCGAGAUGCAAAAAUUGCGUCCAGGAGCACUUAGAAAGGGAUCCCGUCUCUGAAGACCUCAGGGAAACGAUCGAGGACGGAACUUCUACUAUCUUUAGCCAGAGCCAGAGGGGCGACUUCUCCAUCCCAUCGUCUAACGGCCAUUGUAUCGCGCAAAACCCAUACUGGCAGGAAGGUUCCGUCGCCCAAAGCUCUAAUCUCGAAAAUCCGAACGACUUCGAUAGCGAUGAGGACGCGUUCUCCGUUGAUGGCGGCACUGGGGGCGGAGGAGUCUGGCUUGAGCAGCCGAGGAGACGCCCGUUGACCGAAACCUCCUAUGAAGGGGCGGGUACCAGGUUCACUGCCUUCGAUCCCCAGGGAAAUCCUCAUGUCCGCAUUGUUGACGCGCCAUCCGUAGCCCCAACCAUGCAUAGCAGAUUGGAGGGUGUUGUAGUAGCGAGUAGGGCGGGUAGUAACCCAGCUACAGCGAGGGUCAGAGGCAGUCGAGGUGGUUUUGCGAAAGUUCCCGGUGCUCGUUUUCCGAAGAGUGAGGCUCCGACUAUGCGCUGCCCUCAGCCAAUUGCGGCCACUAUCGAAUCUGACGACGAUGACGAGGAGGACGAGGACCUACAGAAUUACAUGUAGGGGGCUUUCUACCAGUUUCAACUGAUCAACUGACACAUCUGCGCUUCACAUCUUCUCCUACGGAUCGCACACUCCCUGCCUGAAGGGAAAUACCGGCAAGAAAACUGAAAAGUAAGGAAGAGGAGAAAAGUAAGAGAAGAAGGGAUAUAAACCAAAAAAAUAAAAAUAAAAAAAUAAAAAAAUCGAACAUUAGCAGUUGUUUCUUGCAUCUGUUUACAUCAAAUAUUAUAUUUCUCCCUCAAGAGCAGGAGAGACACCAAGCCACUCGGAUGAUAGCAAUGAUCAAACUACCUUGAUAGCAUCGGUCCAUGUUCUAAUUUCAUCCAUUUUCUAAAGCAAAGAUAGUUUUGUUUCCUUAAAUGGAAUAUGUUUACUGGUUCACUCGAACGUC